GGGCCGUGGUCGAUGGUGAGCGGCCGCGACGUGGACGGCGCGGCGGAGCCGAGCGGCCGUGGCCGCGCCCGGGCGGUGGAUGGCGGCGGGAUGGAGCUCGAGGGGAGCGGCGGCAGCGGAGGGUCGGCCGGGCUCCUGCAGCAGAUCCUUAGCCUGAAGCUCGUGCCGCGGGUGGAAAACGGGACCCUGUGCCCCAACUCCACCGCGCUCUGCGCCUUCCCAGAGAUGUGGUACGGUGUGUUCCUGUGGGCACUGGUGUCCUCGCUCUCCUUCCAUGUCCCUGCAGGACUGCUGGCCCUCUUCACCCUCAGACAUCACAAAUAUGGUAGGUUCAUGUCUGUAAGCAUCCUGUUGAUGGGCAUCGCGGGACCAAUCACUGCUGGAGUCUUGACAAGUGCGGCCAUCGCAGGGGUCUACCGAGCAGCGGGCAAGGAAAUGAUUCCGUUUGAAGCCCUCAUCUUAGGCACGGGACAGACGUUCUGUGUGGUGGUGGUCUCCUUUCUCCGUGUCCUAGCCACCCUCUAGCACACACUCACAGGCUCUGAUGUGGAGCCUGCCUUUUCUAGAAUCCUCAAAAAGAAAAUAUGUGGAAUGUGGUGUCUUCCUACUUCUUCCCGUGGCAGCGGCUUGAAUGAAAAAGUGUGUGAAGAACAACUUCCCAGCUCUCCCUUCAGUACGGAGCUCCCAGAAUUGAAGGUCUUUUGGAACUGAUUUCCCGACCAAAAGCAAGUGAAAUCUUCCCUGGCUAGAUUUUACUGUGAGCAGUUACACAGGUGCGCCUCUGUCCAGCCCAGGCCAACAGUACUUCUGGGUUGGCACCCGCUACUGAAAUCUGUACUGUUUUGUUAGCAGAACCAGUGCUGUGUCCUUAUUUCAGAGGAACUAUGAGAUAUGGUGAUGGAUUUCUGAGCACAGUACACUGUAUGAACAUCUCACUUGAUCUGAUCCUGAUCAAGAUUUGGCAGACUUCUUCAUGCCAAAGUAAGUUUUAGUUAAGUACAGCUCCGAGAACAAACUUGGGGGAAGGUAACAGGAAUAAAAAUCUACUAAGAGUGGCUAUGAUUCCACUAUUAAAAGAAAAGACUAAAAAAAAAAAAGAAAAGAAAAAAAAAGACUAACUACUGAAUGAUGAGACUUUUUUAUGGAUAACUUUUUGACCUCUGAUUAUUUUAAGAGAUGUGAAUUUGUUGUUUUAUACAUUUUAUCAAAAUAAGCUAACUAAAGUGAGAUUCCUCCCCCCCAAAAAAAAAUUUAUGUACGGCCUUUUUCUAUCACUGUUAUCUUGUUCAUUUUAUUUGGAUUUAAUUAGGAACAUAACUUAUUAAGUAUCUUGCAUUGAAAUUUUUAAGAGAAAUUGGUUUUGACCCUCUUUGGGCAGUAAUGCACUUAUGAAAGAUACUUUGAACACUGUUAGUUUUCCUUAGUGCCCAGUGCUUAUUAAUGACUUGAAAACAUAUUGAGAUGUAUCUUUACCUAGAGUUAGUGGGUACUGGUCUCUGAGUUUGGGGGGACUGCCUCAUGGUGCAUCUUCAGCCCCCUUAAAGAGCAUGGGGUCUCAAUCUCAGUGCCAGAAGUUUGAUUAUCAGGUUGUCUUCCAUGUCCCCAUUAUAUUUUCCCUUAUGAGAAUUUAUCAUCUGAAAGAUAAUGAACUACUAUGAAUUUUUAAACCAAAUUUUAGCGAUUUUGAUUUUUAUCCUAUUGCUUUUAUUUUUCUAAUUAAAAGCCCUGAAAACUGUGACCUCCUAAAGAGAAAGGAUUGCAGACAGUUAAGUAUCUUAUUACUUAACACUGUUUUGCUUGGACUACAGUGGAUGCUGUUACCUGUUUUCACAGUACCUUUUGGUAACUAAAUCUGAUGUUUUUAAAGGAAAGUUUUUAUUGUGAGACUAAGGCUAGCAGCCCAGUAACUCAUGGGCACACAAAAAUAUUUUAUUCCCUUUAAAGCAAUAUGAACUCUGGGUUCAGUUGAAAAUAGCCAGGACAACUGAUUUAUCAGGAAAAGUCAUAGAAAAUAAUUACAGGAGCCAGAGUAAGCCGCUUGUGGCUCCCAAACAAAACAAAACAAAACAAAAAUUACAAAUUACAGACAUGUUACAGAAGUAUAUAUUCAGAUAAGGUGGAAAAUUGUCAAUUGAAGUAUAGCAAAUAUUUUCACAAGUUUGAGAUUAUGCGCUAAAGCCCAAAUUUAUCUUUCAAGGCAAUUUCAAGUCUUUAGUUAAAGGCUCCAUUUUUACAUCAAGGAGCUGUGAUCUUUAAUGGCUAAAAUAUUGGGGGAUGUUGCAACCAUUAUUUCAGGAAAUUUAUUUUAAUCACCCUUAAACAUCCUGUUUAAGGAUGUCUCUGUUGAAUAAUGUUCACAUCUAAAACAUUCUUUUGAAAUGAACCUCACAAAUAGCACGUGUAUAUUAAUUUUUUAGCAUAUUGACCCAUGAUUUCAGUGUUUGCUUGUUUUUCUCUUGGAGCCAUGCAGGAAUGCGUUUUAAAAGUUGUUUUGUUUUCAUCUUGUUUGCUCUAUUUUGAUUAUCCACUUAAAAAGUUAUUUUUUCAAAUACAAAAUGUAGGGGCUGGAUCGAUAGUAAACAGCCGGUAGGUCAUUUGCCUUGCACACAACCGACCCGGGUUCAAUCCCCGGCAUCCCAUAUGGUCCCCCAAGCACCGCCAGGAGUAAUUCCUGUGUGCAGAGCCAGGAGUGACCCCUGAGCAUCACCGGGUGUGACUCAAAAAGCAAAAAACAAAACAAGUACAAAAUGUAUCUUCAUCCAUCCCAGUAUGUGAACUUUAUCCUGUGAAUAACUGUAUAUACGUUAUAUAUAUAUGUAUAGCUUGAGUUUGGUAGUUCAAGAUAUUUUCAGGGAGAAAUUCUUUAAAUGAUAAAGAAUAUCCACACACCCCCACCCCCUGGGUUUUGGUUUUCUUUUGAUUUUUAUUUCCUUAUCUAAAUGCACAAUUAUUUGGGGGUGGCUGCUCAGACAUAGUAUCCUGGCAUUUGUAUUGAACGUCUUCUUUUCUCCCGCCUAUUUUUUGGGGGUGUUUUUUUCCUGCAGCUGUCUUUCCCAGAGACAGAUGCAGGUACCCUUCUCCCAACUGUCUAUCGGCUUUCCCACUUUGUUUUUUUUCGGUUGGUUGGGGAGAGAGGCAGCCCCAAGUUGAUUUCUGAAAUAUAGUACAGGUAAGGCACUUGCCUCCCUUCUGACCGCACCUGGUCACAUUCCCGGCACCACAUCUGGUUCUCUGGGAACUCUCUGGAGAGACCCCUAAGUACAGAGCUGAGAGUAGCCCCUCAGUGGCACUGAGGUGUGGCCCAAACCUUGCCCCCAGAAGAAAAAGAAAAGCUUUGAUUUCUUGAGUAUUUAAUAUGGAAAGCAUGUUUUGCUUAUUAAGUUUUACAGUACUGGGAAUCGAACCCAGGACCUCACAGAUGCCAGGCAAGUGCUGCAGUGCUGGGCCAUGCCCUGGCCCCUAAAUAUGGAAAUUUGGGCGGCUGGAAAGAGAGUUCAGUGGGCUGAGUGCAUGCUCUGCAUGCGGGGAUCCAGUGUUGGAGCCCUGGCAUCUGCUGGUCCCCUGAGCACAGCCAGGUAGAGCUUAAAAACAAACACAGCAUUUCUGGGUACAGACAUUUAAUCAAAACGUGGAAGUCCACAUACGACAUAUGAUGAACAUUCUAAGAAAAUGUUCAUGAUGCAUUUUGUGUGCUGUUGUUUUUGGCAACAAAACACUUCUUAGGAAAUAUUUAUGCUAGUGAAAAAAAGAAGUUCAUGCAAAGGAUAACCUUUGAAUCCUUUCUUAGAUUUUUAAGUGUUUCAAAUAUAUGGUGGCUUUGAUUUCAAGGUCCUCUUGACCGUUCUUCUUCAUCCAAGGUUAGAUCAUAUGCACAAUGCAAUACUCACAAACCUUCCCUAAGAAACCGUUUCCUAUAGCAGGAAACACUGGUGCCAUUUUCUGUCCACAGAAAGAGGGGGAUGGUGUGUGUGUGUGUGUGUGUGUGUGUGUGUGUGUGUGUGUGUGUGUGUGUGUGUGUAUACUUGUGAACGCAUGAUUUUUUUUUUUUUGUGCACUGUUAGGCUGGUUGUGACUAAAAUCAGCCUAACUUUUUGUAUUAGAUUAUUUCACUAAUGCUACAGUCAAAAUGAUCAAACCUUUGUACAAUAGAAAAAAUAUUUAAAUUUUAUUUUUCUACUGACAUUUCUAAUUCUGGUAUAAAUGUUUAUCAAUAAAGAAUUACUUUCAAUUCUGUGAACUGUUAUAUUUUUUAAGUGGCCAAAGAAUUUUAAUAUUUUGCAACCGUUGUCCAAGUUUUGUUUUUUUAAAUAUAUAUAUAUACAUUUCUGUAACUUAGUACUUAAAGUAUAUAUUUAAUUGUAUUUCUAUUAUGUUAAAAAUUAACUUCUUACUAAUUUAUGAUAAAAUUUUUGUUCAAAGAUGUGAUUAAAAAAGUACUUCAUGUUAACCUGAGUCUUA